AGGCUGAGCUUGGGUGAUAAUGGAAACUCCGGCUGGAGCCGCCGCCGCCUCCACCCUUCACUUUCCCGCCCUCCCGUCUUAAGCAAAGAGUUCGCGACGCUGGCCUUGGCGAGCGUCCUAUAAGAAGCGCUCCUCGCGCCCCUGGCCGGGGAAGAAGGCAGCAGCCCCGCCGCUUCCACCUCCAGCUUGGCGCUCGCCCGGCGCUGCUGCUCUUCCUCGCCGGCAGGAGUCACGUGGCGGGCUGCCUCUUUCCCGCUGCCUUUGGUCUCGGCGGCGGCAAGAGCGGGGAGAGCCCGGCUGGGUGACCAAGCGGCGUUGCUAUUUUAAAGUCGGUUCCUCUCCCCGCCUCUCCCUUUGCCAGGGAGUUCCUCAAACCCCGGGAUCAGCAUGAGUGCCAGAGCUCUGUGCGCCAGGCAAAGGUUGCACCCUUGACUUUUGUGCGUGCCCGGGAAAAGCAGCGAGCGAGGUUUUGUGUGUGUGUGUGUGUGUUUUCUCCCCUGAGGUGGGGGAAUUUCUGCUGCCAAGGUGGGACGCUUCCUCAGUGCAACACCCCACGCGCCGCUCUUUUGCAUUGCUGAGGCUGCUUUCGGUUGGUGGCAUCCCUGCCGUGAUGAAAGAGCAUGGGUCGGGCUAAGUAGGAGCUGCUGCUGCUACUUGGACAAGUAUGCUUGCUGCUCCCCAGACGGGGCUGCUGCAGCAAUAGUGGGGUUGCCUCCUUGAAUGAAACUCUUCAGGGGAGAGAAGGAAGGAAGGAAGGAAGGAGAAGAUUCCGCCAAGCAUUUCUUUCGCCAGGCUCAGCCUCCCAGACUUGGCUCAGAAAUGGAGACGGAUGGCAUUGAUCUUCACAGAAUUCCCCGCGAGUCAUACACCGAUGGUUCAUUUCAUGGGGUGGAGUUUCUGCCAGAAGAUUUCAGAGACUCUCCUAAUGAAAGAACAAUGAGGGUGAAUGAGAAAUACUCCACGCUACCUGCUGAUGAGAAAGGGAUCCACAUUAUCAACAUCAGAGCUAUUGAAGAUAUAGGAUACGUUCGCACGGAGAGUACGUUCUUGAAUUCAUUCUCGCAAGAUCCUGAUGCCAACUGCAAGUAUGGACUUUAUUUCAGAGACGGGAAAAGGAAAGUGGAUUAUAUCCUGGUUUACCACUACAAGAAGUCCUCCUUCAGCAGAACGCUCACCAGGCGGAUCCAUUUCAAUGACCUGGGGCCUCGGAGCCUCAAACAGGACCAGCCGCUUCCUGGGAAAGCAGGGCAGGUUAAUAUGCACGACAGUGAGCCCCACAUGGAUUACCAUGAAGAUGACAAGAGAGUCCGCAGAGAAGAGUACGAAAACAACCUUAUGCAGGCCGGCCUUGAGUUGGAAAGAGAUGAAGACACAAAAAUACAUGGGCUUGGAUUUGUAAAAAUACAUGCACCUUGGAAUGUUUUGUGCCGGGAAGCAGAAUUUAUGAAACUGAAGAUGCCCACAAAAAAGGUAUAUCAAAUUCAUCAACCUCAUGGCCUAUUGAAAAAAAUCAAUUCCGUAAUUCAAAAAAUAACGGAACCCAUCCAACCUAAAGUGGCAGAACACAAACAUCAGACAGUGAAACGCCUCUCCUACCCCUUCUCCAGGGAGAAACAACACUUAUUUGACCUCUCUGACAGAGAUUCCUUUUUUGACAGCAAGACCAGAAGUACCAUAGUUUAUGAAAUAUUGAAAAGAACUACAUGCACCAAAGCCAAAUAUAGCAUGGGGCAAGGAGAGGGAAGAAAGAAGGAAACUACCCUUUUAAAUAAAAGACGAAAAUGUGGUAAAUAUGGGAUCACCAGUCUGCUUGCCAAUGGCGUUUACAGUGCUGCAUAUCCCUUGCAUGAUGGGGAUUAUGAAGGUGAACACGUUGAGCACAAUGACAGAAAACUCCUGUGUGAGGAAUGGGCAAGUUAUGGAGUCUUUUAUAAGUACCAACCAAUUGACCUAGUGAGAAAGUACUUUGGUGAAAAGAUUGGACUGUAUUUUGCCUGGCUUGGCGUUUAUACACAAAUGCUUAUUCCAGCUUCCAUUGUGGGGAUUAUCGUGUUCCUGUAUGGCUGUGCAACAGUGGACGAGAACAUACCAAGCAUGGAGAUGUGUGACCAGAGGAACAAUAUUACUAUGUGUCCCUUAUGCGAUAGAACCUGUAGCUAUUGGAAGCUGAGCUCCGCUUGUGCCACAUCUCGGGCAAGCCAUCUCUUUGACAACCCAGCAACUGUCUUCUUCUCAGUCUUCAUGGCUCUGUGGGCUGCUACAUUCAUGGAACACUGGAAGAGAAAACAGAUGCGUCUGAACUACAGAUGGGAUCUGACUGGGUUUGAAGAAGAGGAAGAGGCAGUCAAGGAUCACCCCAGGGCUGAAUAUGAAGCUAAAGUGUUAGAAAAAUCACUAAGGAAAGAAUCCAAAAAUAAAGAGAAGGGCCCGCAAUUGCCAGAAGAGGCAGCCAACAAAUGGCGACAAAGAGUUAAGAGAGUCAUGGCUGGGGUGAAAUUGACUGAAAAAGAAAAACUGACGUGGAAAGAUCGUUUUCCAGCAUACUUCACAAAUUUUGUGAGCAUCAUUUUCAUGAUUGGACUGACAUUUGCCAUUGUUUUUGGAGUCAUAAUAUACCGAAUCUCCACUGCAGCAGCUUUAGCCAUCAGCUCCACUCCCGGUGGCCGGUCUAAUGUUAGAGUAACUGUCACAGCAACUGCAGUGAUUAUUAAUCUGGUGGUGAUAAUAAUCUUGGAUGAAGUAUACGGCUGCAUAGCCAGAUGGCUGACCCAGAUUGAGGUUCCAAAAACAGACAAGAGUUUUGAAGAACGUCUUAUCUUCAAGGCCUUCCUUUUGAAAUUUGUCAAUGCCUACACGCCUAUUUUCUAUGUGGCUUUCUUCAAGGGCCGAUUCGUUGGGCGCCCAGGAGAUUAUGUCUACAUUUUUCAUUCUUUUCGCAUGGAAGAGUGUGCUCCUGGUGGUUGCCUAAUGGAAUUGUGUAUACAACUUAGCAUUAUUAUGUUGGGCAAACAGCUGAUUCAGAACAAUCUUUUCGAAAUUGGCAUUCCAAAAAUGAAAAAAUUCAUAAGAUACUUGAAAUCGAAACGACGGCGUCCUGGAGACCACGAGGAAUAUUUGAAGAAAAAACAACGCUAUGAAGUAGACUAUAAUCUGGAGCCUUUUGCUGGUCUUACUCCAGAAUACAUGGAAAUGAUCAUCCAGUUUGGGUUUGUAACCCUGUUUGUUGCAUCUUUCCCACUGGCUCCCUUGUUUGCGCUCCUGAACAACAUCAUUGAAAUACGUCUGGAUGCAAAGAAGUUUGUUACUGAGCUUAGAAGGCCAGUUGCAGUAAGAGCAAAAGAUAUAGGAAUAUGGUAUAAUAUCCUCAGAGGUGUAGGAAAACUUGCUGUGAUCAUAAAUGCAUUUGUGAUCUCAUUCACAUCUGACUUCAUUCCACGCCUCGUGUACCUGUAUAUGUACAGUGAAAGUGGCACCAUGCAUGGCUUCGUGAACCAUACGCUAUCCUAUUUUAAUGUCAGCGAUUUUCAAGAUGGAACAGCUCCAAAUGACGCUAUGGAGCUUGGCUACCCAGUCCAAAUAUGCAGAUACAAAGAUUACCGAGAUCCCCCGUGGUCUGAAACUAAAUAUGAUAUUGCAAAGGAUUUCUGGGCUGUGCUAGCAGCAAGACUAGCGUUUGUAAUAGUGUUUCAGAACUUGGUCAUGUUUAUGAGUGACUUUGUGGACUGGAUUAUCCCAGACAUUCCCAAGGACAUCAGUCAGCAAAUUCAUAAGGAGAAAGUUCUGAUGGUGGAAGUCUUCAUGAAAGAAGAACAGGGAAAGCUGCAGCUGCUAGAAAACUGGGGGGGCAAGGAGAAAAGGAAAGGUGAAAACUGUAACAACCAUAGCCCCAGAUCGUCAAUGAGCCAUAGAGGGAGUGCGUCUUCCAUUCAUUCAUGCCAUGUUGAAGUGUAGAAGAGGAAGUGGUUUUAUUCCGGGGCAUUCCACUCAUAAGCAAGCCAUUAUUUAAAGGAUAGGACUUGAUUCUUUAACAGCCUGGUGCAUGUUUAAGCAUAUGCAACCAUUUUGCUUAUAUCUAUGUAAGAAAUUACGUUCUUACAAAAAUGGAGGACCAUAUUCUGUUUCUGACAAGGAUCUUUUGGGGGUUUUAUUUGCACAAAAAGCAAUGCAGGGAUAUUUUUUUUUUUACAUAUAUCUAUAUUUCAUGGUUAGCUUAUAACUAUCACUGUUUUUAUAUUUUAAGAAAAUAGAACAGGUAGGCUAUUCUCUUGGGAAUUUUACUUUAGCUUAUUUAUUGAAAAAUGGCCGAGGGUUUUGAAUAACUAGAGGCUCCCCAUUCCUGAUAAGCUGAAUGGGAGCUUUACAGUUUGCAAAGCAAAUAAAGAGCAUCCUGUGGAGUUCUUCCUUGCAAGACAGAGGAAGAAAAACUGUGCUUCAAUCUGCUGGCCUUUUUGCAAGCAGAAAUCCUGUUGUGUUUCCUGGGCUCUAUGCUGAACAUGCAAUAUUUUCUCUUAAGCAAAAGCAGUGGCAAGAAGAUUUUGUUUCUCAUCUGGGGCUCACGCCUUGGGUAGAAUCCAAUUCAUCACUUCACUCACACCAGUGAACAAAAUGGUGGGGCCAUCAGCCCAGCACUACUGAGAGCAGUUUGUUUGAAUAUCUUUCAUUCCUUCCGAUGUGAAAGAUGAAGGAUUUGUGAAAAGGGCAUUUAUGUUUAGUAAUCCAGAGUGUCUAAGUGCACAUUCCAGAGGGGGUCCAGAGGACAAGAAAGAAUAUGAGCAACAGCACAAUUUCCCCAAGCACUGAGGGGCCUUUUUUCAAAAGUGCCCUGAAUUAAAGAGCACACACACAGCUGCUAGCAAAUUGCACUGCCCUCCACAAACCUAGGAACCUAGUUGCUGAAGGAAUAUGUUAAACAAACUUAUUCCCCAAGCAAUUACGUUCACAGGUCAUCCUGCUCAGUGUAGCUGGACAUCCCAUCUUUGAUUACAUCUCAUACUUCCAGAUACCACAGCCCCCUACCAUUUCACUGACCAGAGCAUCGUAACUCAAAGCAUCCUUCAGUUCAGCAGUUACGAUGACUCAGCUGCCCAGUUCCCUGACAAAGGUAUCCAAAUAUUGUUCUCUGCCACUUUCCAGCUUCUCUGCUGCUUUCAGUUCUCUCACUCUUAUCAAAGGGUUGGAGCAUCUUCUCUAUGAACAUUUGAGGCUUUGUUUUUGUUUUUUACUAAAUUGGGAUGUCUUAUACAAUUAUGACUGGCACGAGGGGAGAGAGAGAGAGAGAGAUUUCUCCCUCGUAAUAUUCAGGGUCACUCAAUGAAAUUAAGAAGCAGCAUGCUCAGAAGAGAUAUUAAGAAAGUACUCUUUCACACAAUUGUUUCUUUGUGUGACAGUUUGUAAUUUCUGCCGGCUCAAAAGAGACAGGGGGAGGGAGUGUGGAAGGAGUAGGAAUGAAUGGCAGAAAGGGAGAAUCAGCAAGUGAAAUGCAUGAGGAAGAGUGCAUAGCAGGCUGAGUUGAGGGAAGAAGAGCCCAUCAGAGCAUGUGCUGGGCCAAGGGUGUCCCUCUGCAAAUCUAGUAUAGAUUCUGGUAUGGAGUUAUUCCUGAGAAUCCUUGAGGAUUAUUUUUUUUAAUCAAGUUUAAGAUCAACAGUGCAAUCCUAUGCAUGUUACCUGGGAAGUAAAUUUUCCCAGGUAAGUACAUAUAGGACUGCAACUUAAUAUUACCUUUGGCGUUUUGGUGAAGUGGAGAUAAUAGAACUCAAGUUCUAAGCUGUGUUUUGGACCAGAUUAUUUCCACCUACAAUGAUUCUGUGGAUGCAAAUAGUCCUUUUAAUUUUCCUAGCUUUUAGGACUCUAUGUCCACUUUCGACAUUCAGAGCAACACUACCCCAAAUACACUCUUCCCUGAUCUUACUAUAAAGUUUAUAUUAUGAUGAUGUGCCACCUAUUCUGCCCAUUCCAGAAUAUUUCUGAUGUGCCUACUAUUUAUUUUUUUAACAUCAGGCUCUCCAGUUCCCUCAUGUUGUGUCGGAGGCUUCUAGGCAUCUGCAUAUAAAUACUUCCAUGUUGCAUCUCCUGCCAAAUCCCCUUUUUGUGUUCAGUUUUCCCUGUGACCCUAUCGAGUGCCAUGCAGAAAGAAAUAAGCCCAGGUUGCCUUUGCAAGUCUACCAUGCACAAAUUGUUCUGGACACUUCAAAGUCAAAGAAAUCCUUCUACGAACACCUAGCUAGCCCUCGAUUGCAAUUGUCACUUUACAGUUUGUACUGGGAUACGGACAGCCAAGUACAAGAUAUGCGCGCCUCUCAUCACAUCUGAAGGGCAUGUAUGUGUAAAAUUUAGUGCAUGCCUCUUUAAAACAACAGCAACUGGGAGCAGAUCACAUGGACGUCCUUCAGACUUGAUAGUAACGGUUAGCAUUUAUACGGCACUUUCCAGAGUACAAAAAAUCUUCAGGUGCAUUAUGUUGUGGAAAAUGUGAUGAGUAGCAAGUAUACUUUUUGUAUGCCAUCUGCAAAAUGUAAAGGGAUUUUUAAAAACAAAAAACCUGUUGCUGAUCCCCAACAAGUAACACUUGCUACUUCCUACAGGCUGAGGGCCCAACAGCCUCAUUUGGGACUUUUUGGCAACAUAUCUCCAUCUCCUGGGAUGGAGAAGGAAAGAAAUGGGAGAAUCUGUUUAGUGGCUGCUAAGCAACUAUCCCAUACCCUCCCUACAAUUUGCAAACGUUUGGCAACAAAUGGCGCUGGUGACAGGGUUUGGGCAGCCAAGGCACAUGACAACAUUCCUUCCAAUGUCACUCUCCAGGGAAAGUAACCCAAGAGGAAGCUCCGGAUAACAAGUCCGAGAGCUAGAACAUACCUGCCAGGUCCAUCCCCUCCACAGUUACAUCUAGUGUCAGGCCUAGUGCUUAGGAUACGAUUGCUCCAAAAAUACGGCAUCCUCGAUAGAUAGCCCCAGUGAUGCAGGUGGACACAAAGAUGAAAGUAGAAUCAAAAGGGCAAGCACCCUGAGCAGACCCCCCCCCCUCUUAAUUUUGCCCCAUAUACAUGAAAAGUCUUUAAAUUUAUUUAUUGUGUGUGUUCUUGGCAGGGCACCAGCUCCCUCUUAAUCUGCACCUUCUACGUGUAUCUUGAGCAAAACCAACAAAGCAAAAUAUAAAACAUUUGCUUCAUGUUACAUACAAUAUGAAAUGUUCAUAUAACAGUCUUCCUAGUUAUGAACUGCAGUGCAUCAUAUCAUAUAUACCAAAAAAAGUCCUAUGCUGUGUAAGUUGAGGAUGAAAUUUAGUUUUAAUAGAGAACAAAAAUCAAUUUCAUCCACAACUGCCAAAGCCUGGCAUUAUAUUGCAAAUUAACUUACUGUAUGGUUUGUUGCAAAACCAAAUGUCCAAGAGUGUUAUAUUUCAAUUAAAAGAGCAUUGUUGCAGAAUUAUAGAAAAUAAAAGCAAAAUCAUCACAUAGUUUUGUAGUACUUAUUAGUUUUUAUACAAAGUAUGCAGCAAACUCAUUCUUAAGUAUAAUUUGUCCGAAACACUCUUUACGUGGAAGUUAACAAAAUGUUGUCCAACAUGUUUAAAAUACCAAUCUAACCAAAGAUUGUUUUUAAUAAAGGGCUUGUUUUUGUUUAUAAUUGCUUCUUAUAUAUUGAAUUGCAGGAAUGUCACCUUUUUAUAUCUAAAAAAACUUGCUUAAAAGUCUGUUACCAUUGUAGUCAGCCUUGUCUACCUUUAUUGAUACAGGAUUCACAGAAGACAAUAGAAAUUUUCUCUCACUUUUACCCUGAUCCAACAAUGGCCUUUGGCAGCGGUAAGAGCUUUUUACAACAUGGGAAAGCAUCUGUGCAUGUUUAUUGGCUAUGGAUCCUGCUGCCAACCUAUAGGUAUGGGCUUUGAUGUAGAUAUGCAGGGAGGAUGCACAUGAGAAGCAGAGGUGUUACCCGUUCAUGGACAUUGCAUGUAUAACGUGAAUGCAAGUUGACAUUCCCAUCUGUCCCUUGAAACUGAUGGGAGUGUUUCGCCAGAUGCCAUUUAGGUGCUACGUUUUCAUUGCAUAUUACUAGUUACCCACAGCAUCUGGCAUUGAGGUGAAAAUGUUAUCUAUUGGGCUAGAAAGUCUUGUGUGUGAUCGCCAGAACUGCUCUGUUCUUGGCCUGUAAACUUAAAUUAUUAUGUUUUAAAAUGUAUUUAAGGCACGAUCUAGACUACACACCCCAGGUUGUUCUAGGACUCGCCAGAUGCAAAGAGUGAUAUCCUUUAUUAGCCACAUCCAGAGUAGCUGCAUUGAAAUCUGUGGAUUUUAUUCCAUUGGGUCUAUCUAGCAUUGGAUGCCAUCCCAAAUCCAGAGAUCCCUACCUACACAUUCCACCAAACCAGUAGCCAGCUCUUUCAGCUUUUAAAUGUUCAUCAUCUACUCCAGGAGUGGGUAACCUUUGGCCCUCCAGGUGUUGCUGAAGUUAAACUCCCAUCAGCCCCAGCAAGCAUGGCUGAUGGUCAGGGAUAUUGAGAAUGAUAGUUCAGCAAAACCUGGGGGGGGGGGGAGCAAGGUUUCCCCAUUCAUGAUCUACUGGACAGAGAGGGAAUGUUUGAAAAUCAGUUCCAUCAAACCCCUUCCCCACCAAUGGUCAGUAUUUUUAGUAUGCAAACCGAUGCACAAAAUAUCAGUGAUGAGCCAGCCAGGAUAGCACAUUAAGUGUUUUUUUUGGCAAAUGCACAAUCUUUCCCCCUGGAUCAAACUCUUCUGGGGGUUUUUCCAGCAGAAGCUGGAUUUGCACAGCUCUGAUUGGCUAACACCCCUGUGUCGAUCAUGAAGUCAACUCCAAUGAUUUCUUGGAACAAUUUUUAGCACCUUAAAAAGAUGUGGCCCUUUGUUAGAUAAAUAAUUACGCUGCCAAGCAGAGGCAUGAGCAGAUAAAUAUGAAUGAAAAUGUGUGUGGCGUUAGACCUGGAGGCUGCAUGUGUGUUCUUUGAAGAGCAAAAUCAAAGCAGCAGAACUCACCUUGGAGGGGAGAAACCUGUACCCGAUUCUGGUUGCAGGUGCAUCUGUAUGCAACCUUCGAGCUGUUAGCAUUGACCACCUGUUCAAAGUUCACACAGAGUGCAGGUGUCAGAUGGAUAUUUCCUUCUGCGUUGAUGGGACAAUAUUCAAAAGAGCAAUCUACAUGAAGGAGGCUGCAGCCCUUUGCACACUUACAUGGGAGCUGGUCACACUGAACUCAUGGCAUGGACAUGAUUCCAGAAGCCUAUUUGCAUGUGCAGAUUAUGCUUGUUGGAUUGGGAUGAAUAUGAGGGAAACAAGGCAGCAGGAACAGAAUGCAGGAGGUGCCGGCCUCUUCUUCUCAUGAGCAAAAAAUCAAUCCCUUUGUGACUUCCAUCUUACUGUUUUUCUCUCUAGGUAGCCUACAUUCAUGUAAAAUGUAUCCUGAGCUAUUAGUUUAACUAGAAACCAGGAUGAAUGUACACACCCAUAGAAAAUGUAUAUUCCAUUUCACGCUCUAUCAGCUUGUAAUUUUAUAAGUACUGUAGAUGGAUUGCCCAGUUUAGAAUUAUAUGCUGAAUACAAGCGAUGGGAAAUAAAGAAAUUGUAAAGAGUUAUCUUAAAAUGUUGUCCUAAUACAUUCCUGUAAAUAUUAAGACUAUAUACUUAUAAACAUUCAUUAUUUUGAGAUCAUUAAAUAAUAAUAAAUUCUUUUACUUGUUUUAUA